AUGACGCCGUCUACAUUGAUAUCUAAAUCUCUUUUUAGGAUUAUGGGUCCGACAGGUUCCGGUAAAAGUACUUUUAUCAACAAUCUUGUUGGGGAAGAUGUCGUGGCCGUCGGUCAAACCAUGGAGUCUUGCACAAUAGAUAUUACCCCCGUUGUCGUUGAAAUUCCAAACAACCCAUUUUUCAACGGGAGGCGUUUGAUCGUUGUCGAUACACCAGGUUUCGAUGACACCAAGGGCAAUGAUUUAGAAAUUUUGAGACGUAUCGCGCUCUGGCUGGCAUCCUCGUAUGACGCAGGCAUGAAGCUGGGCGGGGUCGUCUAUCUUCACGACAUAACCCAACCUCGUAUGGUCCGUUCGACCCGCAAUAACUUUUCCGUAUUCAACAAGCUAUGCGGAAAGGAUGCGUUUACAAGCAUCGUCCUCGGAACCACGAGAUGGAGCGACAUCUCUCCCAGAGAAGCGCAAAAUCACCUUGAAGCUUUGUCCCAAACGGUUUGGAAAGACAUGAUUAAGCGGGGAUCCAUUCUUGGACAAAUUCACGGUCCUCAAGAUUCAAGAAGAGAUCGUCAAUUUCCAGAAAGCGGUCUCUAG